UGUGCAGUGAAGCCUCUAAACGAAGUAUUGACUGUGAAUGUAUACUACAGGCAGUUUAGACGAUUAGACAAGAUCAAAGAAACGGAUCUAGUUAAUUGGCAUGCUGUGUAAAAUCUACGCCUGGUAAAAUGCGUGGCCAACUCGUUUAGUUGUGAAAUUCACAGCUCAAGACAAUGAGUGGCUCCGGCGGUUGCCGAGUGUGGACUGAGGCCCGAAAACAAGAACGCCGAUUGAGAGGGAUGAUGGUAGAUUAUAAGAAGAGGGCUGAACGUCGCAGAGAAUAUUACGACCGAAUUAAGACGGAUCCCGCUCAGUUUAUGCAGGUUCAUGGGCGCUCCCUGAAAAUCCAUCUUGAUCCAUCGCUCGCCGCUCAAGCGGAGGCGCCAUCAACGAUGGUUCAAUGGCAGAAUCAAGCGGACACAAUCAUCGACCGUUUCGACGUUCGCGCCCAUCUUGAUGUUAUUCCAGAACAGAUCAAGGAGACGAAAACGGACGGUAACACGACAACGCCGACCGCCGAAGAGUCGCAAAUCAACUACGAACGUUAUCGCAUCCUUGUGCAGAAUGACUUUGCCCAAGUGAAAGAGCAUAAGUUUCUGCAUCAGAUUUACCUCGAAGAAAGAUUCGGGGGUUCAUCUAUAAAAAAAGCUGAACAGGAGGCUGAAAAGAAAAAGCUAGCUGAGAAAAAGGCUGCCAUCGGUUAUAACUAUGAUGGUGAAGGUUCCACAGAUCAAGGGGGAUUUAGAGGGGUAUUGUUGACCGAUGAAAAAGAAAGCCUAGAAGAGGCCGAUGGGGAGGGGCAGGUCGACUCGGAGGAGGAGUUCGAUCUGGAUAUCGUGUUCGAUGUCGAUCAUAUCCCGUCGGAGCAAGCUCGGGAGAUGAACCUUCUUUCUACCACCUAUGGAAUGACAGGAACAGAAUUUAUCGACCAGCUGGUUCGUGACAAGGCCGAACUCGAAGCGCUUCGAGAAGCAAAAGCGGUUGAAGAGGAACGAGCUGCUGGACGCAGGAACCGAAGAGAUAGGCGCAGGGCACGAGAGCAGGCCCGCGCCCGAGACCUGAACACCCUGCGGACUGGCGAUGCGGGACAGACCAUGGGUCUGUUGGGGCAUUCCUUUACCUCGUUGCCGGCUUAUGCGGCUGCUGAACCCCAGCAGGAGCUAGCGUCGAGAGCUAGUGAUCUGCUCCGCUCGGAAAAGUCCAGUUCCAGGUCACCUUCACCCGACGGACGGGGCAAGGUCUGUUUCAUCACCUCGUUCGGCGGGGAAUCGGGCGACGAGGCUGUUGCGCGGCGUUCCAGAUCCGCAUCACCUUCCUGCCGUCGUAACCGAACAAUUACGUCCGGCAAGCGACAGACCAUCUCAAGUCUAACUGCUCGAAAUUAUCAGGGCGGGCAACGACUGUCGAUACGGAGGUCGAGAAGCUCUUCAUCAUCAAGCGACGAUUCCGUGUCAUCGAGGGAGCGAAGACGUCGAAGAGCUCGCAAGAAUGGAUCGCAACAACAACAACAACACCAUCAUCAUGAUUAUCAUAACCAUCAACAACAGGGGCGUGGUCGCUCGUCAUCAACUUCCAGCAGUAGCAGUAGUCGAAGACGAUCACGAAGCAGAUCAAGGAGCCGUCGCCGCUCCGCAUCUCCUAAACCACCGGUGAAACUUCCAACACCUCCGCGCAAGUCAUACUACCGGCACGACCUGAAGUCAGAUGGGUCAGCUGAAGAAGAUAGUUCACCCGACGAAGGGAACUCGCAGACAUCAGAUAACAAAAAUCAGGACAUGACUGUGGACACACAGCUGAUGCAGCAUAUGCCUGUAGCAGUCCAGGGGCAGAUACUAGGGCAAGCCAUGCCAGAUGCUUUACCAGGCGGGUCCGACUCCAUAAGUCGUGAUGAACGCAAAGAUAAAGAAGAGGGCGAAAAGAAAUACGUCGGAUCCGGUGUGAUUGCUGGUGUUAAACCACCAGGAAAGCUGACCCCUCAAGAAAGGUUACGUAGGAAAAUGCAGGCAAUGCUGAAAAAAACACACCAAACGGAUCAACUUGCCAGAAUGGAAAAGGAGGAAAAGGCAAGAGAAGAAUGGAUGCAGCGACAAGAACAACUUAAAGAGCAUGUUGCCAAAUAUGGCCGGACAGAGCGACGCUUUGGGUCAGACGGAUCUGACGAAGGCUUUUCGCCCAGACGCAGGAGUCUGAGUCGCGACAGGGGUGAACGGGAGUGGGGUGGCUUUGCUCACGGUCAUAACAAUAGGGAUAAUGGAGGCAGAGAGCAAAGAAGUCGCAGCCGAGACCGAGUACGAAGGCGCCUAUCGCGGUCGGGUAGCCGAACACGACAACGAAGAUCACGAAGCAGAAGUAGGCAGAAACGAUCUCGUAGUAGGGAACGAUUACGAGGGUCACCGGCAAGGGAAAGGCGGCGAGGUAACGGAGGUGGAUAUCACCACAGAGAAAUCGGCACCGGGUCAUCCUCGUCGCGGUGGAGCAGAGAAAGGAGUAAUGAACGUCGAAUCGAUAACCGCUAUCGGGAUUCACGGCGAGACCGAUCACGGGAAAGGAAUUUCGGAAAAGUAUGGGAACGGGAUCGUUCACCCAGAAGGCGGGAUGACCGCAGAGCCUCCUAUAGAUAACUAGUUAAAUGGGGGUGGUAGGUCACAGACUUACGGAAAACGAGCAAAAUAUCUCAUUAUCAAUUAACAGACGAAGUAACUAAGUACGUAAAAAUAAA